CAUUUUCUCUAAGGAUUUUAAAGAAAAAGGGAAAAAAUGGGUCUUUUUGGAAUCCUUUCGUUAGGAUUCUUCUUCUUCUUUGUCUCUAACGUUGAUGCAGAUUAUAGUGGCUGGACAAACGGCCACGCCACCUUCUAUGGCGGCGGAGACGCCUCCGGAACCAUGGGAGGAGCUUGUGGGUAUGGAAAUUUGUACAGUACAGGGUACGGUACAGAGACGGCGGCACUAAGCACUGCCCUGUUCAACAACGGCCUUAGCUGUGGGUCGUGCUACGAACUCAUGUGUGUUAAUGACCCACAAUGGUGCCUUAGUGGGGUCAUAUUCGUAACCGCCACCAAUUUCUGCCCUCCCGGAGGAUGUUGCGACCCGCCAAAUCUCCACUUUGAUCUUUCUCAACCCAUUUUCCUUCGUAUUGCUCAAUAUCGGGCUGGCAUUGUUCCCGUCUCCUUUAGAAGGGUACCAUGCAGGAGAAGUGGAGGGAUUAGGUUUACCAUAAACGGUCACUCAUACUUCAACUUGGUGCUGAUCACCAACGUCGCGGGUGCAGGAGAUGUGCAUGCGGUUUCGAUCAAAGGGUCGAGGACAGGAUGGCAGAUGAUGUCUAGAAAUUGGGGGCAAAAUUGGCAGAGUAAUUCGUAUCUCAACGGGCAAAGUCUUUCAUUUCAGGUCACCACAAGCGACGGCCGGAGUUUGGUGUCCUACAAUGUUGCCCCCGCAGGCUGGUCCUUUGGCCAGACCUACACUGGUAGGCAGUUUUAGAAAUAUCAAUGCAUUAAUUAAUUAAUUAUUAUUAUUAAGUUUGGUCCAAGGUUCUUGAGAAAUAAAUAUUUAUAUAUAUAUAUAUAUGUUAGAUUUUGUUUGGGUGUGAAAGUUUGAGAUGAAUAUAUAUGAUCAAACUAUGGGUUGUUA